CGAAAAACAAUUUGAUCUUCUUCCCCAAAGACGACACCCCUUUCUGUGAGGAACCACCCUGAUCUAAAUCUCCAUGGCGAAAACGGCGUCGUCCGUCCUCCAAACCCUAAAGCGCUAUGUGAAGAAGCCCUGGGAGAUAACCGGACCCUGCGCCGACCCGGAAUACCGACUCGCCGUCCCUCUAGCCACCGAGUACCGCCUCGAGUGCCCCGCCACCAUCAAGGUCGCCGCCUGCGUCCCCACCGCCGACCCCGAGAACGUCUUCGACAUCAAGUACUUCCCCCGCGACCAGCGCCGCAACCGGCCACCGAUCAAACGCACCGUUUUGAAGAAGGCUGACGUGGAGAAGCAGAUGAAGGAGAAGACCUUCACCGCCGCGGAUUUCCCGCCGGUUUACUUGGUGGACUUCGUCGAGGAGGAUUACAAUGCCAGAGGUGGUGGCUAUUGUCAAUGAACUAGGGCUUAUGGACUAGUAGAACAGUCAAUGAAGAGGUGGUCUCGUGCUGAAAUACAUGUUCAUCUAGUCUCUUCAGUUAUUGUGAUGCUGGAUUGAUGUGAAAUAAAGAGUCCUUGCUUCUACAACCCUUAUUUUACCAUUUUUUUGUUGAAGGUUGUAUUUGUAUAAAACCCAAAUGCAGCAGCAGUUGGUUGAUGAAUGACGAAAAGAGUUUAUUGAACUUUUGUGAAACUUCUUGAUU